AUCUCAUUGUCAACCUCUCUCUGGUCCUCUGUCAUCCGUGCACCUCAUACGAUCUCUUCAUUCUAAAAGGAGGCUGUCUUGGGCCAACUUUUAUCCAACCAUGGCCGCUCCUUUGUAUACGACCGAAUCGGGUCAAUUGUUCCAUGCCGGUAAGAUUUUGAUCGCAACCGUUGGUUUACCUGCUCGUGGAAAGACGCAUAUGUCACAUGCUCUUGAACGUUAUUUACGUUGGCUAGGUGUAAAAUGCGGUGUAUACUCUUUGGGUGAUUAUAGAAGAAAGAUCCUAGGUGGAGCAGAUAAAGUGCCCCCGGAUUAUUUCAAACCUGGUCCAAAAUCACCUGAAACAGAGGCAUUACGAAAACAUGUUCUGGACGAAUUUGAUAAGCAGGUAGUAGACUAUUUCACAGUUCAGGGUGGACAAGUGGUGAUCUAUGAUGCGAAUAACGGUCUGUUAGCAAGACGGGCAGCAAUUCGUGAAAAAUAUGGUGGAAUGGGCAUUCAUGUGAUGUUCAUCGAAAGUAUAUGCACAGACGAAAACAUUGUCAAUGAGAAUAUCCGAAGAGUCAAGAUCUCAAGUCCAGAUUAUCGUUCUUGGAAUUCGGAAAAGGCCAUCGCGGACUUCAAGCAGCGCAUCAAGAAUCAUGAAGCGCAUUACGAACCAAUCGAGCAGCCUUCCUUCCCAUACAUCAAAGUGGUCAACGUUGGUCAGAAGAUUCAUGUGAACAAUAUUCAAGGAUAUCUCCAAUCACGGGUCGUGUUUUUCUUGAUGAACAUCCACAAUAGACAGCGUACAAUUUACCUCGCUCGAGCAGGAGAAGCACUUAUCGAGCAUCUAUACAAGGCCGAUGCGGAUUUGAGCAGUCUUGGAUGGGAGUACGCAGAGGAGUUGGUGAAUUGCGUUGACAAAGUACGCAGCGAACGUGCAGACGAAAGCAUCGAGCGGGCCAAAGCUGGAAUCCCAACUACUGAUCAGAGCGAGCCAGGUCAAGGGCCCGGAGAAGAAGGCAGACCAUUGGACGUUUGGGUGUCUGCCCGAAGGAGAUCGUCGCAUACUGCAUUGCCGUUCGCAGAUCGUGGCUAUAGGGUGAUUGAACGAUCACAAUUGAGCGAGCUGAAUCCGGGUGUAAUUGAUGGUUUGAGUGAAGACGAGAUCAAGGUACGAUUCCCGGACGAAUGGGAUAAAAAGCGCAGAGAGCCUUACUCUCAUCGUUUCCCUCGAGCUGAGAGCUAUCACGAUUUAUCUGUUCGUCUUGAGCCAAUCAUUUUUGAGCUGGAACGUGCUACAGAUGACGUCUUGAUCAUCGGACAAUCUUCCGUAUUGCGUUGUCUUAUUGCUUACUUACAAGGCCGUAAACCGAACGAGAUUCCAAACAUUCAAGUUCACGAAGGUGAGCUGAUCGAAAUCAGUCCACAAGCAUAUGGAGUGAAGACGGAUAUCCACAAAUUUUGGGAUCCAGAACAGAAGCGUAAAUCUCGUGAUGAAGCUUAUUUCCGUGGUAGAAUGGUCGCUACAGCUCAUUCGGAUGCAGUGGAUGAAAAUGGACAUGCAGAUGAAACGUUGCCGGAUCUACACAAGCUACCUCUUCACGCUUUAGAGGGACAAUCAAAUUUCCCACCAAAAGGAAUUACAACGCAGCAAUUCACAGAUUUGGGAAGAAGAGAUUCGCAUGCCAGUGCUAGCAGCAGCAGCAGUACUGAAGGUGGAGAUCAGUAUGUGACAAAACAAAAUCCCGGCGAAGAUGCAACAACGAAGAUGACGGAUGCUACAGAGAUCACUCCUUCUGCGUCAUCUAUCAAGAGAUUUCAUGAGAUCUCAUUAGAGCAAUAUGAUAAAUUGAGCAAGCCAGAGCAGGAAGCAUAUGAUCAAGGUAAAGCAAUUUUUGAAAGAGAGGAACAAGACAGUCUGCCGUACCGAUGGGCACAAACGUUGGAGAGUGUCACAUUGACGAUGCCUUUGCCUGACAAGAUACGUGCUCGUGAUUUGGACGUUGUAUUGAAGCGUUCUACAUUCAAAGUGGCAAUCAAGAAAGGUGCAAUUCUUUUGGAUGAUGAACUGUUCAAUUUGAUUAAAGAAGACGAUAGCACUUGGAGCGUAAGUGAUGGUAUCUUGGACGUUCAUUUGGAAAAAGCGCAAAAAGAUCAAUGGUGGCCACACGUUUUGAAGGGAGCGCCAAAGAUUGAUACAACCAAGAUUGUACCUGAGAAUAGCAAAUUAAGCGAUUUAGAUGCAGAAACAAGAGCAAUGGUGGAAAAGAUGAUGUUUGAUAAUCGUCAAAAGCAAAUGGGUUUGCCAACUUCUGAUCAACAAAAACAACAAGAAGUUUUAGAAAAAUUCAAAUCUGCUCAUCCAGAAAUGGAUUUUAGCAAUGUAAAGACUACGUUUUAAUAAUCCGAAACAACACAGUAUUAAUCAAUGAUGAAUGUAUAAUGCAAAUUAUAGCAAG